UUCCAGGAGACUUGGGCAAUCAGUUGGAAGCAAAGUUAGAUAAACCAUCAGUAGUGCACUAUCUCUGCUCUAAGAAGACAGACAGUUAUUUUACACUGUGGCUGAAUUUAGAAUUGCUUCUUCCUGUCAUCAUUGACUGCUGGAUUGAUAAUAUCAGGCUUGUAUACAAUCGAACAAGUAAGAUUACAGAACCACCAGAUGGGGUGGAUAUCAGAGUCCCAGGUUUUGGGCAGACAUUUUCUUUGGAGUUCCUUGACCCAAGUAAAAGAAGCGUUGGCAGUUACUUUUAUAUGCUGGUGCAGAGUUUAGUAGACUGGGGCUAUAAACGUGACGAAGAUGUCAGAGGAGCACCUUAUGACUGGCGAAAGGCACCAAAUGAGAACAGAGACUAUUUUGUGGCUCUUCGCAAGAUGAUAGAGUUAAUGUAUGAGCAGUAUGGAAGUCCGGUUGUUUUAAUCGCUCACAGUAUGGGUAAUAUGUACACCCUCUACUUCCUCAACAAUCAGACUCAAGAUUGGAAAGACAAGUACAUAAAGGAUUAUGUGUCAUUAGGCGCUCCAUGGGGAGGAGUGGCUAAAACUCUCCGUGUGCUGGCUUCAGGUGACAACAACAGAAUACCUGUUAUCAGUUCACUCAAGAUCAGAGACCAGCAAAGAUCAGCGGUUUCCACAAAUUGGAUGCUCCCGUACAACUACACAUGGCCUUCAGAUAAGGUCUUUGUAAGAACACCUACAGCUAACUACACUCUUAGAGAUUACCAGAAAUUCUACAGGGACAUCAAUUUUGAAGAUGGCUGGCUCAUGAGACAAGACACUGAACCCUUGGUCUACCAGAUGACACCACCUGGUGUGCGCAUACACUGUCUUUAUGGUACUGGCGUGGAAACACCGGAUUCCUUCCAUUAUGAAAGUUUUCCAGACAAAGAACCCAAGAUCUUUUACAGCGAUGGGGAUGGUACAGUAAACUUACAGAGUGCCUUGCAAUGUCAAAAGUGGGUGAAUAUGCAAAAACAGAAAGUGGUGGUAUUUGAGCUUUCAGGAAAUGAGCAUAUUCAAAUGCUGUCCAAUGAUACUACUAUCUCCUAUGUGAAAAAGCUGCUUUUUGAUUUGUGAUACCUUGUGUUAUUUUCCUCACCUGUGAUGCCUUCCCUUAAAUAUGGGGAAAAUGCCUUUUAAUCUCUUG